UAUGAUAAAGAGUAUAGCGAUUCUAUUUUGCCUGAUUUCAACUUAUAUCGCAGGGUGUAUUGUUAAAAGAUUAAAUUUAAAUAACGAAGCCAUUUUUCCAAAUGAUGCUUUUACCGCGUACCAAACAAGAUUACCAUCGGAUAAACCUCAUUAUGCUCGACUUAAUAGAUCUAUUAUAGGGCAUCAACCGGAUGAACCCUGGAAAGCAUGGUAUGGUCUUAACUCUUCAAGUUAUCUUCAAGUUAAUCUUGGAAAAGUUUACGAAAUACAUGCAAUGGAAUUGAGAGGAGGAGGAAUAGGCUCCGUUCAACAUUAUACAUCACAUUUUCGAAUUAGUUACGGAGUUAUACUUAAAAGAAUCUUAUCCCUAAAUGCUAACAAUACCGAAAAAAUAUUUAAUGGCAACACUCACUUAAAUAGCGAUGAUAUUUUAUACUUUACGUUUGAUGAACCAAUUUUGUUAAAAUAUUUCCGGUUUCACACACUUUCAGGAAAUGAAAUGCCUGUUAAUCUUGAAUUGUAUGGAUGCGAAAUUCAAUAUUGUAAAGGAAAUGUUGUUGGAUUAUUCAACUAUUCCAGAGUACCUAAUAGUGCUUUCUACGGUUAUAAUAAACUAUACCAUUUCCAUAGAGCUCAAGACGCUAGACUACAAUUUAAAAACGAUGAAGAACAUUCGUGGUUUGGCUUUAAUGAAUCGAGUUAUUUACAAGUAGAUUUAGGCAAUUAA